AUGAGGGGCAGGGUGUCGAGAAACAGCAAAAGUUCUCGUAUAGCCAAGCAGUGCGAGUUGGUGACCGCAUCGAAUGCGCAGGACAAGGUGGCUGGGAUCCGAUUACCGGAGAGUUUGAAAACGAAAUCAACGCACAGAUCGACCUUGCGUUUGAAAACGUGGAACGGUGCCUCGGGGAUGCUGGCGGAAAAGUAUGGUCGCAGGUCUACCGAGUCAAUUCAUACCAUGUACCCAUUAUUAACGAGGCACUAG